AAUAGCGAAAUUGAUUCAGGAUCGAAAUUCCUUUUGAAUAUUAGCAUUCUCUUUCGUUUUCACUGCUACUUGGUAUUUCCAUGCUCAGUGUUUACACGGUUGGUGUUGCCAAGCAUAUGUUCAUCAGCUUCCCCAGAAACCAUCAAAAUCGCUUGCAGAAGUCACUCUUUUGUUGCAUGUCCAUGAAUAAUCAAAGGGAAGUUCAAAGUGAAACUGAAAGUCACGUGCAUUAUAACCAUACCGAUCCCUCCAAAUACGCAAGAUGGACUGCAAGGGAGAGCUUCCAAUUUAUGUAUGCAAGGCCUUGGCAACGAGUCAAUGAUUUUUACUUGGACAUUGUCCGUGCCAACUUGUCUCUCUCACUUCUCUUCGGACCCCAGACAAUUCUUGACCACAAUGACACUGGAAUUGCAGCACUUUCUGAUCAGAGUGAGUUGGAAAGUGUUGCAUCUGAGGAUCGCUCUGGGAGAUGGGCGAGGAAGACGUUCAAAAUAAUUCUUUCGUAUCACGGGGGUUCAUUUGAUGGGUGGCAAAAACAACCAGGCUUGAACACUGUCCAAAGCAUUGUAGAAGUGUCACUUGGUAAAUUUGUUGAUGAAAAGAACACACAACUGCUCAAGAAAGGUUUGCCUAUUGAAGGUUGUGCUGUUGUUGCUGGUCGUACAGACAAAGGUGUGACAGGCCUUCAACAAGUCUGUUCUUUCUAUACUUGGAAGAAGGGAGUUACGCGAGAUAUUGAAGAUGCUUACCUCAAAGCAGCCUCUAGGAACCUUAGAGAGAAGUAUCACGCUCAUUUAUCCGAAUUUUCUCUGCCAAUGGAGGCGUUACCUUUUAUAUAUUUCCACUCACUGGGGUACAGGGACCAAGAAAAGGACGAGAUAGAAAAUCAAGAGAAAUCUUAUGUCUUCAGCAUAAGCAGGUAAACCGCCUUUGCGAAAAUUAAAGGAAAAUUGCUAUCCUACAAGAUGUUUGCUCGUGAUACAAAAGCUUCAAGAAAUGAGUAAGAGCUUAAUCCUUGAAUUUCCAACACAGCUCACUUCAUCAUCUCAUUCGUCUUCAGUGCACAUUAUAGAAACUACCACAUAAUAUUUUGGGGAGGGUGGCAAAACUUAAUGGUCGUGUAACUAUUAUUUGGCAUUGAGUCUUAAAUUUUUUUUAUUGUUUCGGAUGAAUCAUACUUAAGUUGUAGCUUUUAGUCCGUGAGAACUUUUCAAUCUAACAUCAAAGCCUUUAUAGCCAAGAUCUCUAGCAUUCCAAUUCUUGCUUUUUUCUCAUUCUUAUAAAUAAGUCUCAUUUCAAGCAACUAAGUGGUGGGUUAUGUAUUGUCCAUGUACAGGUUGAAAGGGCUCUUGCAGAGGGAGCCUGUUAUAAAUAUAAUAUAAAAGCAUUCACGUGUCUUCCCUCAAAAGUUUAAGCUUGUUGAUUGUUUGUUUCAAUGAGACGACUUACAUCUUUUGCU